AUGGCGAAGCCGUCUGUCACUCCUCGCUCCCUCCAAACCCGCAUCUCCCAUCUCCUCAAGCAUUGGCCCUCCGAUGCGGUCCGUCCAGCCUCUGUCUCCGUCCAAACAUACCUCCAAUCACAUCUAGCCCAGAAGCGCACAGAGGGCUCUCCCCAGUCACAAGCAACUUCCGCGCCCAAGCCUACUGGCGAGCUGUCAGAGGCCUCAGUCAACGCGCUGACCUCCCUUUUGAGUGAUCGCUUUGCGCGUCGCUACCCUUUGUCGCAAAAGGUCCGGUAUCCGGCGAGCGACCCAGACCACUACGAUAACCUUAUUCGCGAAUUCGAGGAAGCGCCAAAUCGCGACUGGUUCGGCCGCUUAAAGAAGAGACUGGGUGGCAUCCUCCGGUUGUCAUGA